AAUAUAUUUGAGGAAAGAUGGUUCUCCAGCUCCUUGCGGGUUUACCAUCAAUUCUUCUUCUUAUCACACCAACCUUCGCCUUAAACGUCUAUGUUGUUUCCGAUAAAAAUAACUAUAUCGCUGACGACUCGACAAAGGUUGCUUUUGAUUAUCUUGCCUCCCGUCCAACGGAUCCUGUUACUAUCAACGCAAAGAAGUUUUCCACUCUGGAAGGAACGGAUCCUAAAGUUGUCAUAGAUAAAGUAUGCGGUGACCUGGAUGCUAUGAUUGACGGAGGUCAAACUCCUGACCUUCUGCUUGACCUCACUAGAGGAGGGGUUAAUAGCGAGGUCGUCAAAUCUCUUAGGGAGGUCGCAGUCAUUCGUUUUCAAAAGUAA